AUGGUGAAACUGAACAACAGUAAUUACAACAGCUGGCGCUUCAAAGUGGAAUUACUGUUGGUCCGUGAGGAUCUUUGGUGCUACGUGGAACCAGGAGUGAAGCCGGAAGCAGUGUCGCAAGAUGUUUGGGACGCCGGUGUAGCCAGGGCCAGAGCGACAAUAGGCCUACUCAUUGAAGACAACCAACACGGAUUGAUUCGUUCGUCGAAGACAGCACGCGAGGCGUGGUUAUCGUUGCAGAACCAUCAUAGGAAAACGACACUUACAUCGAAGGUGUCAUUGCUGAAAAGGGUUUGCGAUAAACGUUUUUCGGAAGGCGAUGACAUGGUCGAGCACUUAUUCGAGAUGGAAGAACUGUACGAGCAGCUCCAAAAUGCCGGACAAGAACUUGCUGAAAAUCUCAAAGUCGCGAUGAUUUUGCGAAGCCUACCAAGUUCGUUCGACACUUUUACCACCGCAUUAGAGACUCGAUCUGAUGAGGAUCUUACGAUGGAGUUGGUGAAAAGGAAGCUGAUCGAUGAGAUCGAAAAGCAUCGUGGAGCGUCAAUGGAUUCGGUGUUGAAAGUUGGUGCUGGAAAACGUUGGGAGAGGCAGCAGAAACCCCUGAUGUGUUACCAGUGCAACAAGACGGGUCACAAGAAGCUGGAUUGUCCGGAAUUGACUCGAGCUCCGGAAAGCAGCAGCAGACCUGGCAAGAUACAUCGAAAGAAGGACGAUACAGUUACUUUUGCGUUUGCCGGGCCUGGCGAAGGUAGCCAUACUAGACCGCCGGAUGAACAUGAUCGAACCGGUAACGGUAACGUAGCGGACUGCCUAACCUCGGAAAACGCCCGACCAGAAGAACGAUGGUACAACAAAAUUUCCGUUGAACCAUCGAUGUUCCUGUACAUGAUGGCGUUUAUGCUGACGUCGGUAGUUGAGCAGGCGUUCUUUCUCUACAAAGCGUGCACGGUCGAUCACGGAUAUUCGCACGAGAUAUGCCUUAACAUCGAGCAGUAUCAGGACAUUAAAAAGCAGGUGCAGGUGACGACGUCCACCUUCCAUCAGUGGAAUAAUAUAGCUAUGUACGUAGUACCGAUUAUACUGGCACUGUUUCUCGGUGCCUGGUCGGACCGGCGGGGUCGCAAGCUGCCACUUAUUCUGGGCCUUAUCGGUAAAUUCAUCUACUCGAUCAUGAUCGUCGUGAACACCCGUAUGCCUUCGUGGCCGGUGGAAUACAUCAUCUACACGGCAACGAUCCCAAGCGUACUGACCGGUGCGGACAUUGCCAUCUUUGCGUCUUGCUUUGCCUACAUCUCCGACAUUACGACGGUGGAAGAACGGACACUGCGCAUCACCAUACUGGACGCAACUUACCUCAGUACGAUGCCGAUCGGCGUUGCCCUCGGUAAUGUGAUAUUUAAUCAUACAGGAAAAUCGUACACGAUCAUGUUUGCGAUCAACGCAUCGCUAUUGGCCUGCUCAAUUGUGUACUCGGCAUUUCGACUUAAAUCUCGCACGACCGAGCGUCAGUGUUCGAUACGUGAGCUGCCCUGGUACCGUAUGCCGUUGGACUUUUUCGAUCGGCAGCAUGUGGUACGAUCGGUGAAAACGUUUGUACGCCACCGUACGAUGCAUCGCCGUACCUACAUGUACCUGAUGAUGGUAGCCAUGUCGUUCUACACGUUCCAGCGCGAUGAAAAGCCCAAAAUGUAUCUCUACACACAGCUCCGGUUCAACUGGGACACGGAUCUGUACAGCUACUUUAAAACCUAUCAAUCGGCGGCCUACGUCGUGAUGAUGUUUCUGGGCGUACCGUUCUUUACCAAGGUGCUCGGGCUAAAGGAUACGCUUAUCAUCAUGAUUGGUGCGCUAGCGCAUGCCAGUGCCCGGUUCGUGUACAUCUUUGCACAGGUUGGAUGGGUGCUGUACAUCGGUGCGACGAUCUCAAGUGUGGGGCCCGUUGUAGCGCCCGUCCUGCGGUCAAUGAUAUCCAAAAUGGUGCCCACAAACGAGCGAGGCAUCAUAUUCUCCUUCCUGUCCGUGUUUGACAAUGCCGUACCGUUGUUUAGCGGUGUGCUGUACACGCAGGUUUACAACGCUUCCAUCAACACCUACCCGCAGGCUAUCUUUCUGCUCACAAUGGGCACUCAGAUGAUAGUUUUCUUCAUUGCACUCGCAAUACACAUUUCCCUCCGCGGACGUACGAUGGAAGAUGGCAUGCCAACGGAAAAACCACCUGGAGCCGGGCUGAUCGGUGAAGCGAAAGGGCCAGCGAUCGAUGAUGAAGCACCGGCUGUUUCUCAAUCAUAGCGUUGAUAACGGUUAUCGUCCCUUACGGUGCCCAGU